AUGGACCGCGCCACUGUUCUUCUGAUGGUGGUUCUCGCUCCUAAUGUUGCUACGAAAAACGAGCGGUCCAAAAGGCAGCUUCAGAGAACAUACAAAAAUGCCUACGAGGACCUGGGACCUUUCACUUUUGCCGAGAAGUCUGUCCUGUGCUGGUUUGCUAUCCUCAUGGGUUGUUGGAUCAUGCGAAAGCCUGGGUUUAUCGCAGGAUGGGGAGAUCUCUUCCCGAAUGAAGGCAAAUAUUUGACCGACUCUGUACCGGGAAUCCUGAUCGUCUUUUUGAUGUUCGCAUGGCCAAGGGAUCCUUAUGCCAAAGAUUACUCUCCAAUAUUGACGUGGUCGACGAUGCAACGCAGAUUUACAUGGUCCUGCAUGCUUCUAAUUGGUGCUGGAUAUGCAAUUUCUGAAGGCGUAGAGAAAUCCGGUCUUUCAACGAUGAUCGCCUGCGCAAUGAAGGACACUUUUGGAAAAUUCAAUUCCAUUCACUUACAAAUGCUGAUAACAACAUCAAUCAUCGCUAUGACCGAAUUCGCCAGCAAUGUGUCCACUGGAAGUAUUCUCAUCCCAAUCGUGAUAAGCAUCGUGAGUGUUCGAGAAGUUUAUGGCUAA